AUGACCACCAAGCAUACAGACAGCAAUUCAGUGUCCAGUGAUAAAUUGGAGGACCUGUCCAAUGAGUGUGACACAUUUCAGUAUUUCAAUAAGUUACAGAAACGGCGGCAGUCAGAGGCAGCCAACUUGUGGAACGAACCAGCAGACCACGCUCAUGUGGAGCGGAGAGAUGAUCAUGAGCUUUACAAGCUGCUGGAGGAGAGGUCAAAAAUGCGCCGCGGGUCAAAGGGAUACCGACGUUUGAGCUUUGACAUCAUUGCCCACCGACAGAUCCGUCGAAAGGUAAAGGAUCGAUGGAAACAUAUCUUGGAAGUCUUAGGAUUCAAAGCUGAAGCAGAUGGGCUACUCACUGUAACUUCCAGUACUUCAUAUGAAUCUCUCCACAAUCCUCAAGAGGCCCGCAGGCUCCACGCUACCCUGGCUGAGCAGUCAUCCAUUUUCGGUCAUCACCGUGGUGGUCCACCAGAGAGAUAUCUCUUUGUCCUGGACCGGCUUAUUCUCCUUGAUGUGGUUGAUGAUUUCCUGUCAGCUGCACGUCACUUUUAUCCUGCAGAGGAAGAAGAAGACAACAUGUCUUCUAGUGAUGGAGGACUACCUACCCCUGGUCCCAUCUUAGUCCAAUUAAAUAGUGAAACUCAAGAGGAGGAGGAGGACAAGGAGGACGAGGAGGACGAGGGGGGGAAUUAA